AGAACACGAACUCCAAGAGAGAGAGAGAGAAAAAUGUCGAUGAAACUCUGCCGUGUAUUUUCAACAACGGCCGUGACGAAAUCCGAGCCUCUGACUCGCUUGGCUGUCAACUCAGUGAGUCGCUUCUUGUCCUCCUCGGCUGGUGAAUCUCAACCGGGGCGGGUAAACGCGGAGGUGAAGCAUGCCGGAAAAGCGGAAGUGAAUGAUGAAAAGAGUGAAGAGCGAGCUGAGGACGGUGAAGACGAUGGAGACGAGCUGGAUUUGAAUAAAGAGACGGGUGAGAUCGGCGGGCCGAAAGGGCCGGAGCCGACCAGGUUCGGCGAUUGGGAAAAGAAUGGUCGGUGCUCUGAUUUUUAGGGUUCUGUUUUGCUCUCCAGAAGAAUGAAUCGUAAUGACCCUGUUUUAGAUUAAGGUACGAAACUUUUCUGUGUGAUUUUAGUUGUGGUUUUUUGGUUGCAAGUUUGAAUCUUUUUGUCAGUAAAAAUAAAUUGGUGAUGGGCUAUUGCUGCAAACCAGAGUAGAAAUGCCAAUUUAUGUGAUCAUAGUCAUCAUACUGUUGGGAUUUGGUGUGAAUCUGAUUGUGAAAGUGAAGCAUAUGAAAUUGUAUGAAGGUGAUUAUCACACUUUGGAUGUUAACAUGUAA